GCGACAAAUAACAGCCAAAACAACCUGAGAUCACGUGGAGUUAAACAACAAAUAUAAUUUAUGUGAAAGUCCGUAAGCGGCCUCCAGUGUGGCAUUAAACACAAUGGUAAAUGGCGCUCUAAGUAGUUCGUCUUUUGCAGCGAUGUCAGCAUGUUUGGAAGACAGUCGAAAUGUAUCGGGUUACCACCACAAGAAGACAUGGUCCAUGUUGUAUGCCGAAAGAUUGAAGAAUCUAGGAAGGUUCACGCUGUAUCUUAAUGUCGACAGGAUCCAAAAUGAAACAGGUUACAGCAACAUUAGAGUCCAGGUAGAUUCUGGGUCAGUCAGCAUCACCACUGGACAAGGACGCGGCCGAGAAUGGACUUGGAAGCUGGGCAUUCCAGAAGUUCAGUUCCAUCCUGCUUCUUGUCGAGGUCUUCGCUGUUCCCGCCAUGGAGAGUUGCAGUGUACCCUACAGACAUCUUUACCCAACCUGCUGAUGUCUCCAGCACCUCCCACCUCUUCCAACCAACUGUCUUCCCAUCUGGUGGCUUCCCUUUCCAAGGGAACAGACAGUUGUAGAUGUCGUAUUUGUGGUAAUGUUAUUCUACCAGCAGAAAGAAAAUUCCGAAGAGUUCUUCCCCUACCAUCAGAAGCCUGGAUGGAAAUGUCUGGCAACCAUUUCUGCCAUCAACAUGAAACAAGUGGUUCUUCAAAGAAGUCUAAAGCCAGUUCAGUUUCUAGUGCCACUUUGUCACCCAAACCUGGUGACUGUCUGGUCAGUGAUUUGUACUUUCUAGUGAAUUCUACUGAUCUCAGCCCUACGUCUCUCAUCAAAAAGAUGAACUCCACUCAAGUGGUGUGCAGAAGAUGUCGAACAGAGCUUGGUACUUGUCUACCAUCCAGUGGAGAUGCCUCUCAAGAUAACGAGCCUGGCAGAUUUGUUUGCAAGAUUUAUUCCUACACCAUCAACAUGACGAAUCUAAUCAACUCUGUAACUGAACCUCUCACUGGUAUAAACAGGUGGACCUUUACUGAAGAGUCUUAUUUGGCCAGUUAUCUCUUAGAACAGAGUCGAAUCUACACCAGUUUCAAAUUCAUCAUUGAAUCUUCAAAAUCCGACCACCAGCCAGCCAUCACCUGCUUGGUUUGGUUGUUAGAUAACAUUCAAGUGUAUGAACUCAACGAUAUUCCAACUGCUGCUGAACAUAAGCAUGUCCAUGAACUGUCCUUGGAGCCAGAAGUACGACAGAAAAUUCUUUAUCAGGCUGAAAUAAAUAAUGUUCCUAAGUCUUCCAAUAAAGAGAGGAAAAUUGCUGAAGAGGUUCUGAAACUAUGGAAGUCAGAUGUUUCUGUUCAUAUGUUGACCCUUUCACCUCAACUGACCGCAACAUUGCUACGCUAUUUAAUCUGCAGUACCAAUUCCUUGCCAUUCUCCUGUCGAAGGAUUAAUGAAUUUCAUGUUGGUUUCUUACGUCCACCCUAAAAUCCAAAGAUGUUCAGUUCUGUUGACUUUUUACAAAUGUCUGUGUUAUUAUUAAAUUUUUAUUGAAGGCAGUGGGCUGGUUGAAUGGUUAGCAUGACAGGCAAAAUGCUAGGUGGCAUUUCACCCUUGUGUUCUGAGUUCAAACUCCACUGAGGUCGACUUUGCCUUUCUUCCUUUUGCGGUCGAUAAAUUCAGUACCAGUCCAAGCUGUGGAUGAAUGAAAUUGACUAACCCCUUUUCCCCUCAAAUUUCAGGCCUUGUGCCUAUAGUAGAAAGGAUUAUUAAAUCUCUAUUGUUUGCUUGUGUGUGUGUGUGUGUGUGUAUACACAGGGUGCUUAAGAUAUUUGAGUACAGAUUUCAUCAUCAU